CUCUGAGCUGAGACCUGAGGAAGCCAAAGCUGCGUCUGCCUCCACCACCACUUCCCCCCCUUCAGCUGUGAUCCCGGGACACAAGAAGACACCGCCCUGGAGAAUAUGCUGUUCUGCCACCCGCAGCCUGAGUCCUACCACCAGCACUCUGCUAGUUACAUUAGAGAGGCCCUGGCACCUUUCUUGAAAGAUGAAGAAGCGAGGCUCACGGCUGAAAGUGUUGCUAAGAAAACCCCGCUGCAGGUCGUCCUGUGUGCUGCCACCUCGCCGGCUGUGAAGCAGCAGGAGGAGACGCUCACUUAUCUCAACCAAGGUCAGUCCUACGAAAUCCGUUUGCUUAACAGAAAACUAGUGGAGUAUACAGAUAUAAGCUGCAAAUAUGUAAAGGUAGGUGUGCGGUAUUGUGUUUGUCUUUUUUUUUACCUUCACAUGACCUCUUCCUCUUUCUGCUCCUGUCUGUUUUCAUGUAGCCAUUUCCUGGUUUGUCACAGGUCCCUGAACCUUCCUUCCACUUCAGGGGCCGGGGUGUCCGCCUCGAGCAUUGUGCGCGUGGUGUUUCAUGACCGCCGACUGCAGUACAUGGAGCACCAGCAGCUGGAGGGAUGGAGGUGGAACCGACCUGGAGACCGGAUCCUUGAUAUAGAUAUCCCGUUGUCAGAGGGGAUUGUGGAGCCCCGUUCACACCCCAUGCAUCUCAACACAAUCGAGUUCCUCUGGGAUCCUGUGAAGAAGGCUUCUGUUUUCAUCCAGGUAAACUGCAUCAGCACUGAGUUCACCCCCAGGAAGCACGGAGGGGAGAAAGGAGUGCCGUUUCGUAUCCAGUUGGACACUUUCAGCACCAAUGAACACGGGGAGUACAUGGAGCAUGUCAGCUCUUCCAGCUGCCAGGUUAAAGUCUUCAAGCCUAAAGGAGCUGAUCGCAAACUGAAGACGGACAGGGAGAAGAUUGAUAAGAAGGCGCUGCAGGACAGAGAAAAGUACCAACAGUCUCAUGAGAGCACUGUGCUCAAAGAGUGUUCCCCUUGGCCUGAUGCUCUGAACCUCAGCAUCCACAGCAGCAGCACUCCAUCACCAGUUUACCACAGCUUCCCGACCUCCUGCAGCUUCACAGAUGGCAACUGUUCUCCAAACCAGCCAGGGGAGCUGCUAAUGCCCGCCUGCUCAGAUCACCUCCUGCCAUCGUCCUCACCGCAGGACACUCAGCAGUGGCUGCAGCGCCACAGGUUCUCACCUUUCUGCAGGCUCUUCUGCAGCUUCUCAGGAAGGAAGCAGAGUGGAUCUUCUGCUGUUGUUGCAGGUGCAGAUCUGUUGAGGAUGAGCAGGGAGGACCUGAUCCAGAUCUGCGGUCCAGCAGACGGUAUUCGCCUCUUCAAUACGAUGAAAGGAAGCUCUGCUCACGUUCCCAGGUGCAUUCAGCCCCGUCUCACCGUAUAUGUGUGUCAGCAGCAGGCCAGACACCAACCUGCCAUAAAGCCGGGGGCUGGAGACAUCUACCACGCUCUGUACCUGGAGGAGCUGACGCUGAUGGACCUCUCUGAGAAGAUCGCCAUGCUGUACAGCAUCCCUCCGCAGCAGAUCACACACAUCUACAGACAGAAGCCCAGCGGGAUCCACAUCCUAGUCUCUGACGAGAUGGUGCAGAACUUCAGGGAGGAAACAAGCUUCAUCCUCAGCACUAUAAGAGAUGAAAGCACGGAUGGAUACCGCGUGGUGUUGAAAUGACCUACACACUCUUGAGAACAGUGGAAUUGUACAGCUUGUAUAUAAGUCCUAAGAUGUACAGUACAGUAACAUGCUGUAUUCAGGAGAUGGAAAUUAGGCAUUCGGUCUCCUGUUUUAUGAUUUUCUUGAAUUUUCUUGAAUUUUUCUGUUUCAUUAUUGUUCAUGUAUUGUUAAGUUACUGAUUCAUGCUUCAGGUGUCUUGUAAUUAAAAGGUGUACAUUUUUGGCUCAAACUCGUAUAAAUGCAUGAUUUUCCUGAUAUCAAAGCAGCGUGAGUGACAUGCCAACAAAAAGAAAAUACAAAUGAACAAAUUUAUGUCGGUUUAAUGUCCCUGCUCUUUUUUGGUGCUUGUCCCAGAUAUGAAAUGCUGUCAUUUGCUCUUUCUGUUGCAUAUGAUAGAUGGAAAACAUCAAACAGGUGAAUUUGUAGUCAAUGUCUUUUGAUCACCAUGGUUCUACUUCCCUUAAAAUAAAGUAUUUCACCGAUGAUAUAUCCACAGAUUUGUAAUGCAGGUAUGUGAAAAGACAGUGAGCAAAACUCAGGACAAAACUCUUCUGCAGUUUAUAUCACACUCAGGCAAGGUGUCAUGAUCUGUCCUGUUUUAUUUUGAAAGUUCUUCUUCAC